CCCUCCCGACGCCAUUUUUCGGUCUCGUACUAGCACUUCUGGUGGCUCGGGUGAGGGGGGGGACGAGCAGAAAUAAGGGAAAGUAUAAAAUAUCGGAUCGUCAAGCCGGAAUCCCCUCGCGAGCGGUCAAGGUUGCACGCGGGAGCCACAGCUGAACGUGCUUGCACCUGAUAUGCACGCGCAGGAAACGAGCAGCUUCUGUGAAAUCAUUUUUUUGUGUGAAGACGUGUUGCGGGCCGCCAUUUUUUUGCUGUGCUGCCUCAAAAGUCUUGCUCCGACUCGAGAAAGGGUAUACAAAACCGCACUUCCACGACGCGUGCCUUACCAUAAGAACGAGGAGAUACAAAGUUAUUAUUUCGACUUCUUGCAGCCCUGUGCAGACAUGCGGAUCUAACGGAUGAAAAACUGAGGCCACCUUUUCCGUUCUCAUAAGUGACACUGACUGGAGGAGACAAAUUAUCAGAAGAGAAGCCUGGUGUUUUCUCGGAAGGCGGAACAAAAAGGGGAAGCUUCAUUGAUCAUAUGUCGCUUCGACCUCCGCCGAUGUUUGUCUGUCGUGAGUUUUUAAUAUUUCUAUUUUGGCCAAACAAUCAGUCAGUCAUUGACUGGUGAACGCCGGAACCACAGUAUGGUCUAAAGUUGGAUCAAGACAGCCGUAGCCUCACUAAGUCAUCGUCAGGGUUGUUUUGUGUUUUUGUUUUUUAACCGAGGUCUCCGGAGCUUUUCUGACAGAUCACUCUGCCCCUGCAUCUUCCAAAAUCCACCAAUUUGCUGUGAUUGGCUGAUUCCGACCACGCACACGCGUUUUAACUUAUUGUCUGGUUUUGGUGUGUUCUUUUUCUUACGUGUGGACUGAUAUUAACUUAUUUUUGAACAGAGAUGUCAACCGCUCGGUUUGAAUCAAAUGACCGGUCCGCCUGGUAUUUUGGACCCGUGUCACGACAAGAGGCACAGAAUAGGUUACAAGGACAGAGACAUGGCAUGUUUCUUGUUCGAGACUCGUCGACGUGCCCCGGCGACUACGUGCUGUCAGUGUCUGAAAAUUCCAAAGUGUCUCACUAUAUCAUCAACUCUUUGCCCAGCAAGAGGUUCAAGAUUGGCGACCAGGAGUUUGAGCACCUUCCUGCUUUACUGGAUUUCUACAAGAUCCACUACCUUGAUACGACCACGCUGAUAGAGCCGGCACCCAGGUACCCGGGCACAGUGGCUUGUCCCAUCCAGCCCAUAGGUGGCCCUGAGGAGAACCUGGAGUAUGUGCGGACUCUAUACGACUUCACUGGUAGUGAUGCAGAGGAUCUUCCUUUCAAGAGGGGGGAGAUCCUUAUCAUUCUAGAGAAGCCUGAGGAGCAGUGGUGGAGCGCCAAGAGUAAAGAGGGGCGUGUCGGGAUGAUCCCUGUGCCCUACGUGGAGAAAUUGGUACGACCUUCCCCUCACCCUGGCCAGCCUUCCCAUGGAUCUCGCAACUCCAACAGCUAUGGAAUCCCAGAGCCCUCCCACGCACUAGUCCACGCCUACGCCCAGCCACAGACACCUACGCCGAUGCCCCCUGGAACACCUGGAGCAGUUGUCACACCUCUACCGUCCUUGCAGAACGGCCCUGUCAUGGCAAAGGCCAUCCAGAAACGUGUGCCCUGUGCCUAUGACAAGACAGCUCUUGCUCUAGAGGUUGGCGACAUCGUCAAGGUGACACGGAUGAACAUCAGCGGUCAGUGGGAAGGAGAGGUGAACGGACGGAGGGGCCUCUUCCCAUUCACCCACGUCAAAAUCAUAGACCCCCUGAAUCCGGAUGAGAGUGACUGACCUUAGAGUCCGGCUGGACCCUCUAGCCAGUAUCGACCUUUACCUGAUUGUGCUGGCUGUCUCUACCUUUCCCCGCCAGUGUCACCACGGUUACAUGCUUGCCUGCUUGUUGCGGUACAAUGAUAGCGACCCCUCCGUUGCUGCUGACCGUCGCAAGGCUUUCUGACUGUUUACAGCUUUGGAAAUUGUAUCCAAACUAAAACCUGACCCCACUUCUCCCAGCUCCUGUCCCCAGUGUUUUGGUUCCAGGCUGGGUUCCAGUGUUUUCUCAUUUUAGUGUCCUUUUCAUUUCCAGAUCACUGGGCAUCAGUGUGAGUGUGUCUGUGUCUGUGUGUGUGUGUGUGUGUGUGUGUGUGUGUGUGUGUGUGUAUCAGUGUGUGUGUGUGUGAUCACGGUAGAUAUUCUCCAUCACUUCUUUUUUUUCCUCACACUCUGAAUAUUUGUUACGUUUGAAGUCUUCAGGACUGUGGAGCGAGGUGGUGUGUGUUUUGUUGAUGUGAGGAUAUUUGUACAAAGUAGGGAAACGCAAUAUCCCUAUGGACAUGAGAGAGCACUGAGGCAACGAAGAACUAACCAGCCAGUCAAAUGUUGUUUCUCCAAACAAUCAAGUCACUGUUGUACCUUAACUAACACACACGCGCACGCAUGGACAAACCCACUUCUCUGCCGUGAUUCAGGCUGACAGGUUCUUGACGUGUAUGUGAUGUGUGUGACUAGAGGCGGGAGGAAGCAGGAGUCAUGAUUUGCUCUUCAACCUGGGACAAGUCCAGCUGACAAGAGUUGUUUAUCUUUAGUUUGUAGGACAUGACAAGGCCAUAUGUGAGUUCAUCUUUUUUCUUAUUUGUGCCACAAGAUCAACAACAGUUCUCUUAAUUUUAUUUUUUUGUUAUAUUUUUUAAUUUUUUGUGACAUGGAGAAGAUGUACGGUAAAAGGGUCCGUUUGCAUGUCCACUUGUUGGUACCUCUCUUUACUGUCUGCCACCUUAUUUGCAAUUAAAAUGACAUUGCUUAGAGAUUAGCAGGUUUUCGUAGUGCCAACAGCACCAAGCACUCGGAAGAUGAAUUUCAACUUGCUGUAUAGGAGUGCAAAGCUUUAAACAGGUUUAAAGAAAAAAAACAAGUCCAAUAGCAACAGCAGCAGCCACGGCCAGCACUUCCCACAAGCAUCUGACUACAAGGCUAGCUACAAAUGCAGUUUGGGCAUGACUACCGAAGGCUUUCCACUGAGGUGAUAAACUCUGCAUUUAAAGGCUUAGGUCAGGAAAGGAGAAAUGUUUCGCUUAAGCCAAUGAGAUCCCGUCAAUGCCUUUUUUUCCCCAGAGAGUAACACACAUGCAUCCCUGAGCGCCCCUUGUCAUACCCUCUCAAACGUAAUGUUGUUAAUGUCAAGUUACCCAUGUCGAGUAAGGCUUUCAGACAGCUUUACUCCUGAAAUAUUUGGUCUGUGCACAAUAUUCAGUCUCUUUUUAUGCAAACAGACCGUAUCUGAAUGAUUGGAAGCAUCUUUGUUCAUACAGUGCUGCAAAUGAACGUAUUUAAUGAGUAGCAGCCCAGGAUUGAACAUUUAUGCAAACAGUGCCGACCCCUUGAUUUCUGCUGUAAUCUUAACUGUUCCCUCCCAUCUUUCUCUCUUACAGCCGUCACUCAGAGUUGUAUUGUGCAGCUUUUAAUUGUAUCCUGUUUUUUUUUUUUGUUUUUUUUGUAAUAGAUUUAGUCCGCUUUUUAAGUCAAGCAUUUUUGUUAACAAUGAGCGAUGUUACACAAAAAGUACCAAUGGUGACAUUUACAAAGGGAAAAAAAUAAAAUGCCUGCUGGUUGCCUCUGUUUAUGACCUCUCGGCUUGAGAGAUGGUUUCUCUCGGCCAAAUGCUGCUUAAUGUCAUUUGUUUCCUUAAUAAAUAAAGGUUACUUUCAUUUGAAUCCCGUCUGGUCUGUGUAGACCAGUGUUGGGUUUUUUCCUCAUCAAACGUAAUGAAAUCUACUAAUUAAGCAAUACACCCUGAUUCUUUCUUUUCUUGAGGUGAACUUGCUUUUCUCAUGCUUCUAAAUUGUUUUUGUAAUGGCAUUAACAGUAUUACUGUGCUCUCUUCUCAUACUCUAGGAAAGCCUGUCUUUUACUUAAGAAUUGAAAAUUGUGCCUUUUAUUUUCUUAUACCAUAUACAUGUGUUAAUAUUUCCCAUGGUUAACACCUGUGCUGGUAUUGACCCUUUAUGUACAGAACAAGUAAAUAAAAUUUACGUCUACUUCUUUAA